AUGGCGCCUCAUGUUGAUGUUUCCGCCCCCAUUGUCACGCAGAUUGCGCUUGAAGACAAGGUCAAAUGGUACAAGAAACCUAACCUUCGACUUAUGUACUUCUUCCUCUUUUGUUGCUGUAUGGGCGUUGAAACGACUUCCGGAUUCGAUUCACAACUCAUCAACGUCCUGCAAUUCUCUACGAAAUGGAACAAAUAUUUCUCUACUGGCUACAGGAACGCUGCUGGUGACCUUGCAUUAACUCCUGCCAUGCUGGGAUUCGUAUCUUCGUGCUACCAACUUGGUUCCAUCAUUGGGGUUCCCAUUGCUCCUUAUAUCAACCAAAGGUUUGGAAGACGUUGGCCCAUCAUGGGAGGUUCAAUCCUCAUGGUCAUUGGGUCUAUAAUUCAGGGAUUUUCACAAGAUCUCGGAAUGUAUAUCUUCGCUCGUAUGGUUCUCGGAUUCGGCAUCGUGUUCUGUAUCAUCUCUGGCUCGUCCUUGAUUGGAGAAUUGGGCCAUCCAAAGGAUCGAGACACGCUUACAUCUCUGUUUAACUCAUCCUACUUCAUCGGAGCCAUCCUCGCCGCGGCCAUUUCUCUGAGAACCACAGAUCUCAAGAGUGAUUGGAGCUGGCGAGUUCCUUCACUCCUGCAGAUGUGUCCUUCCAUUUUGCAAAUAGCGACCGUUUUCCUACUUCCGGAAAGCCCUAGAUGGCUCAUCAGCAGAGACAGGAACGAAGAGGCCGAAGCUGUCCUAACCAAGUAUCAUGCCGAAGGAGAUCCAGAAUCCAUCCUCGUGAAAGCCGAAAUGGCCCAGAUCCGCUCAACCAUCAAGAUCGAAAUGGAUAACUCGAAGCAAUCCUGGAUGAACAUGAUCAGCACACCAGGCAUGCGCCGCCGUACAUUCAUUUCCUGUUUCCUAGGCCUGUUCACCCAGAUGUCAGGUAAUACUCUUCUCACCUAUUAUCAGAAUCUGCUCUUUAUCAUGAUGGGCUAUACUUCGUCGUAUGCCAAGACGAGGAUCAAUCUGGCGAAUCAAUGUUGGAGUUUGAUCAACUCUACUAUCCUCGCUCUUCUGGUAGCAAGAUUCAAGCGCCGUACCAUGUUCAUGCUGUCCACUGGAGCCAUGUUGGGAACCUUCAUCGCUAUGACAGUCUCUUUCGAACGACUCCGAGAAGCUAAGAACCAUAAAACCAAAAAUGGUGCGGCUUCCAUUGCGGCCUUAUUCUUCUUCUUUGCUUACAGUCCGGCCUAUAAUUUGGGCAACAAUGCUCUCACAUACACCUAUCUUAUCGAGCUGUUCCCAUACUCUGUCCGAACUCGCGGUAUUGGAAUCGAACAAGUAUUUGGAAAAGUCGGAGCCUUCUUCUCGAAUAACGUCAACCCAAUCGCUCUCUCUGCUAUAGAUUGGAAAUUCCUUGCCAUCUACUGCGGCUGGAUCUUCUUCGAGUGUCUAUUCGUCUGGUUCCUGUAUCCCGAGACUCAAGGUAGAACUUUGGAAGAAUUGGCUUUCUUGUUCGAGGACCAGGCACUUGCAGAUGAAGCCGUCGUUGCGGUUGAGAAGGAAAUCCAUCACGAUGUUGAUGUUGAUGCAUUUGGCAAGCAUGCAGUCGUUCACGCAGAUCAUUCCAGCCAUGAGUUGAGCGAGAAGGUGUGAGUGAGAGUGAGGAGGAGUAGCCAAGGAGUACAGGGGGGUCCUCUGAUGAACAUGAAUAUUACAG